AUGCGUGAACUCUAUGUGUACGGAAGUGUCUGUAGCAGCUGCACUGUGCAUGGUGAAACCUCUGCUAUGUUCAAACACGUUUUUCUGACCGGACCACCAGGUGUGGGAAAAACCACUCUGGUCCAAAAAGCCUGUGAAGCUUUAGUGUCAUCCGGAGUGGGAGUGGAAGGAUUUUACACAGAAGAGGUCAGGGAGGGAGGCAGAAGGGUCGGCUUUGAUGUCGUCACACUUGCAGGAGAGCGGGGCCACCUGUCCAGAAUCAGAGAAGGAGCCAGCACAUCUCACGGCAGACGGGAGUACACGGUGGGACAGUACGUGGUUGAUUUGCCUUCAUUUGAAAGCCUGGCCCUUCCCCUCUUCAGACAUACGGGGGCAGCAGACGGGGACAGCAGGACGGUGUUCAUCAUCGACGAGAUCGGCAAAAUGGAGCUUUUUAGUCAGGCCUUCAUCAGAGCGGUGAGGCAGACUUUAGACGGCUCAUCUUGCACAAUCCUGGGCACCAUCCCCGUCCCCAGAGGUAAACCACUUGGUCUGGUGGAGGAGGUCCGGAGCAGGAGGGACGUCAAGGUCUUUACUCUGUCGAAGGAGAACAGAAACGCUCUUCUGCAGGAUAUUUUAUCAACCCUACAAGAGUGUUUAAAACACAGCAGCCACAACCAGUGAAAGGACGUCUUCCUGCAGUUUGUGCCGACGUCAGUUUCCUCAUGUGUCUGUGCUUAAACGCUUCACACAAGCCGACUGUUAAGUAAGUCCGUUCAUGGUUGACAAUGGUGUUGUUGACCUACUGUACUCUGCAGCAAGGUGAGAAGGUGGAAGAGUUGUUGUGCCACAUACAUGUGUUUAAUGUAAAAAAUCAUUUCUUUUGUUUCUCUUCACAAAAUGGAUUACAUGCUCAAUAAUUGAUUGUGUGAUGGAACACGACUGGGAAUAUAAUAUAAUAUAUUAGUUUUCUGUUUGUUGCUUAUUCAGUUUUAUAUUCCCAAGUUUUCCAUGAUCACAGCCGAUGUUUUCUUUCAAUAAAGGAGCACACAAAGCGGCGACCCUGGUGAUUCUAUUAAUUCUUCCCGACAGAAGCUCUGCCUUGUGUUGAGCUUUUGCUCACGGAGUAUCAAUCAAUAUUUAAUUGUGCAACGAUGUGCACUCUAUUCAGCCGCCAUCACUAACGAAUAGAAGCAAAUAUGCAGCACCUUGCAACAGUAUUGAUACUUGCGCAACAUUUCUACUUUUUCUCACAUUAUCAAAUUUAGGUCUACUGGACAGAAUCAGAAUCAUCCCAGUAUCAAUGUGCGCUAAAUCACAUUCACAAAAGACUGCUUGCAUAAAAUAUUUGGAAAAAUAUUCUAUGAUGCAUUAAAAUCCUGGAAACUAGUGAUAUUUUAAUUUUGUUGGAUUUUUUUCAACUCCCAUUACUAAUGCAAUAUUAUUCUAACUAUUUGAUAUCACACAACCGUGAUGGGCAUUUAUGUUUUAGACUAGCACAAGGUAGAGACUUAAAAGUGCUAAUUUUCUGGGGGUUUUUUGCCAUUAAAAAUCUGAAAAGUGUGGUGUGUAUUUGUAGUGCAGCCGACCAGUUUUCCUGUACCUGAAAAAAAUAAAAUAAAAAACAUACCACCACCA